UUCGUCGUGAAUAUCGGUGAGAAGGAGUCGGUGUCUGAGUUGAAGAAGGUUAUCAAGACGAAGAAAGCCGCAAAAACGAAAGACGUUGACGAUCCCGACAACCUGCAGAUCUUCCUGGCGAAGACGGAACUUCCGUGCUUCGCAUCAACGACGCCGCCUUCCGUCACGGAAGGCGGUCAGUGGCUCUCGUCGAAGGACCCCGAUGUGGAUUUGCUGCUAAGUGGGGCCAUUCCCGAGCGAGUGAAGAAGACGUACCUGAACAAACAACUGAACGCAGGCGUCGAAAUUGACCACGUAUUUGGAGGUGCUUCGCCGUCCAAGACAAUCCACGUGCUCAUGAAGAUUCCAAAG